AUGCCCCGCGUCUCGCUCCCGGCAUGCCCCGCGCGGGACUCAUCUCCCGGCAUGCCCCGUGCCUCGCUCCCGGCCCGCCCCCCGCGGGACUCCAUCUCCCGGCAUGCCCCGCGCCUCGCUCCCGGCAUGCCCCGCGCGGGACUCUAUCUCCCUGCCCACCCCGCGCCUCGCUCCCGGCCCGCCCCGCGCGGGACUCCAUCUCCCGGCCCGCCCCGCGCCUCGCUCCCGGCAUGCCCCGCGCGGGACUCCAUCUCCCGGCCCGCCCCGCGCCUCGCUCCCGGCAUGCCCCGCGCGGGACUCCAUCUCCCGGCCCGCCCCGCGCGGGACUCCAUCUCCCGGCCCGCCCCGCGCCUCGCUCCCGGCAUGCCCCGCGCGGGACUCCAUCUCCCGGCCCGCCCCGCGCCUCGCUCCCGGCCCGCCCCGCGCGGGACUCCAUCUCCCGGCCCGCCCCGCGCGGCGCGCAGAAUGGCGGCGGCCUGGGCGCUGGGCGUGCGAGCGGCCUGGCGGGGCUGGGCCCUGCUGGGGCUGAGGCGGGUGGCGGGGCCGGUCCGGGGUCUGGCGGCCGCUCCCUGCCCGCCCCGCGCGGAGCCCCCGCCGCCCCCCCCCGGGGGCCGGGCCCGCUGGGCGCUGGCGGGGGCCGGGGCCGGGGCGCUGCUGCUGCUGCUCUGGGACCGGAGCCGGGACCGGGACCCGCCCGCGCUGCUCCCUCGGGUCCGCGCCGCGGUGCCGGUUCCCCCCGCGCCGCCCCCCGGCUCCGCCCGCGCCGCCUUCAACUUCAUCGCCGACGUGGUGGAGAAAACCGCCCCCGCGCUGGUCUACAUCGAGAUCCUGGGCAGGCAUCCCUUCUCAGGCCGGGAGGUGCCCAUCUCCAAUGGCUCUGGCUUUGUAGUGUCCCCGGAUGGCCUUAUCGUGACCAAUGCCCACGUGGUGGCGAAUCGGCGGCGAGUGCGGGUGAAGUUGGCUAGCGGAGAGCUCUACGAUGCCGUGGUCCGUCAGGUCGACCAGGUGGCAGAUAUUGCCACUAUCAAAAUCAACCCCAAGCAACCUCUGCCCACACUACCUUUGGGCCGUUCCUCAGAGGUGCGUCAAGGUGAGUUUGUUGUGGCUAUGGGCAGCCCUUUUGCUCUGCAGAACACCAUCACCUCCGGCAUCGUCAGCUCUGCCCAGCGUGGCAGCCAGGAGCUGGGCCUGGCCGAUUCCAACAUGGAGUACAUCCAGACUGACGCCGCCAUAGAUUUUGGGAACUCAGGGGGUCCCCUCGUCAACCUGGACGGCGAGGUGAUUGGGGUGAACACAAUGAAGGUGACUUCGGGUAUCUCCUUCGCCAUCCCCUCAGACCGGCUGCGGGAAUUCUUGCAGAAGGAGGAGCAGCGCAAGAGCUCCUGGUUUGGCAGCACGGAGAUGAAGCGCCGCUACAUUGGGGUGAUGAUGCUAACGCUGACCCCCAGUAUCCUGGCCGAGCUGAAGCUGCGAGACUCCAGCUUCCCUGAUGUCUCGUACGGGGUCCUGAUCCACAAGGUGAUCAUUGGAUCCCCCGCCCAUCAGGCAGGCCUGAAGGCGGGUGAUGUUGUGCAGGAGAUCAACGGGCAGGCAGUGCGGCGUGCCGAGGACAUCUACGAGGCCGUGCGGACGCAGAACAGCCUGGCUCUGCUGGUCCGGCGCGGCCAUGACAUGCUGCUGGUGAACGUCAGCCCUGAGGUCACGGAGUAGAGAGCUGCCCAGCUGGCAGGGGUACCAUGGACUUGGCUUGGAGCACACGAGCCAAGCCAGAGGCUCAGGGUGACAGGCAGGAGGCCCUGUGCUGCCACAAGAGACUCAGGGCCUUUGCAAGAGCCUGAAAUGCCCCAGCCAGCAGGGCUGAUCCUGGAACUGGCGCAUUGGGGGGUGGCUGCUAUCUGCUUCCCUCAUCCCCAUUAAACCUCUCAUGGGGAACGGUU